AUGGGCACACCAGACAUUGCUCAAGACCCAUUCGCCACCACCGCGACUCGGAGCUACGAGGGCGUCUACACUGCGGCCACAACCCCCGAACCUCCCCGAUACGCACAAGAGCUCGACCGUGGUGACCACGAGCCAGACCUCUCGGGAGGGAUGUGA